AACAGCGAGCCAACGAUUUCUUCAAAACCGAAGGCAAAAACCGAAUGCUGCCCUCUCAGCUGUAAACCUAAAAUAUUCAAACAUAAAGCUCUACACACCCACUCCAUUUUCUCGCCAAAACCAUAAACCUCUUUUCUUUCGCUUUCCCAGCAUCCAAACGCUCCAGCUGCAUACAGUUCUCUUCUCAGCCGUAUUUGAGUGACAGUAGAAAUGAACGGUGAACCAGAGGCUGUAUUCAUGGAGAAAAAGCCCAAGACGAAGAUUGUUUGCACGCUUGGACCCGCUUCCAGAUCUGUGCCUAUGGUCGAAAAGCUGUUGAGGGCGGGCAUGAACGUGGCUCGUUUCAACUUUUCUCAUGGAUCUCACGAGUACCACCAGGAAACCCUUGACAAUCUCAGGGCCGCCAUGGUUAACACUGUGACAGUAGAAAUGAACGGUGAACCAGAGGCUGUAUUCAUGGAGAAAAAGUCCAAGACGAAGAUUGUUUGCACGCUUGGACCCGCUUCCAGAUCUGUGCCUAUGGUCGAAAAGCUGUUGAGGGCGGGCAUGAACGUGGCUCGUUUCAACUUUUCUCAUGGAUCUCACGAGUACCACCAGGAAACCCUUGACAAUCUCAGGGCCGCCAUGGUUAACACUGGUAUUCUCUGUGCUGUCAUGCUCGACACCAAGGGACCAGAAAUUCGAACUGGGUUCUUGAAGGAUGGCAAACCCAUUCAGCUUAAACAGGGUCAAGAAAUCACUAUAUCUACUGACUACAGCAUAAAAGGUGAUGAGAAUAUGAUUUGCAUGAGCUACAAAAAGUUGGCUGUGGAUGUCAAGCCUGGGAUGGUUAUACUCUGUGCAGAUGGCACAAUCUCAUUUACAGUUUUAUCUUGCGACAUACAAGCGGGUUUGGUUCGAUGUCGGUGCGAGAAUUCUGCAGUUCUGGGUGAGAGGAAAAACGUUAAUCUUCCUGGGGUGGUAGUGGAUCUUCCAACUUUGACAGAGAAAGACAAAGAAGAUAUUUUGAAGUGGGGAAUUCCCAAUCAUAUUGACAUGAUUGCUCUGUCUUUUGUACGAAAAGGCUCGGAUCUAGUGGAAGUUCGGAAGGUGCUUGGAGAACAUGCUAAGGAUAUCCUUCUCAUGUCAAAGGUUGAAAACCAAGAAGGGGUUGCAAAUUUUGAUGAUAUCUUAGCAAAUUCAGAUGCAUUUAUGGUUGCACGUGGUGAUCUUGGAAUGGAAAUUCCAAUUGAAAAGAUUUUUCUAGCACAGAAAGUGAUGAUCUACAAGUGCAAUAUUCAAGGAAAACCAGUAGUUACUGCAACUCAGAUGUUGGAGUCCAUGAUCAAGUCACCCCGACCAACUAGAGCUGAAGCUACUGAUGUUGCCAACGCAGUCCUUGAUGGUUCUGACUGUGUAAUGCUGAGUGGUGAAACAGCUGCUGGAGCAUAUCCAGAACUGGCCGUUCGGACAAUGGCAAAAAUAUGUGUAGAGGCAGAAAGCACACUUGAUUACGGAGAUGUCUUCAAAAGAAUCAUGCAACACUCACCAGUGCCCAUGAGCCCAUUGGAGAGUCUGGCAUCCUCUGCUGUUAGAACAGCCAAUUCAGCAAAAGCGUCUCUUAUAUUGGUCUUAACUAGGGGAGGAAGUACUGCAAAACUGGUGUCUAAGUACCGACCCGGCAUGCCUAUUUUAUCUGUGGUUGUACCUGAGAUUAAGACUGAUUCCUUUGAUUGGUCUUGCAGUAAUGAAGCUCCUGCUAGGCAUAGCCUCAUCUUUCGUGGGUUGGUUCCUGUUUUAUAUGCAGGAUCUGCUAAGGCUUCUCAUGAAGAGACAACUGAAGAAGCUUUGGAUUUUGCCAUUCAACAUGCAAAGAAUAAAGGACUAUGUAAGAUUGGAGAUUCUGUUGUGGCUUUGCACCGAGUUGGAACUGCAUCCGUAAUCAAAAUUUUAACUGUCAAGUGAUGAUCUUAUUAGAUAACUUUGUGUUUCAGUUUCUUGCUUCUCGUCAAGCAAGGAUGAAGUUGAGAUGUUGCUGAUAAUGUCAACUUAUUUUUCUCCCCUUUUCUGGUCUUUGUUUUUUCCUUUUGAAAUGAACCUCAGUUAUCAGUAGUAUCAUUUUGAUGGGGAAUCAUGAUUAGAGCUUAGAUCUUCAAAUGUUUGAUUGGUUCAGUUUUUUAAUGUAUAAUUAGUGGCCUGUGCCGGCAUGCAUUUCA